AUGGCACGUCCUGUAAUUGCGAAGUUGACACUGGAAGGGGAAUGCUACCACAAGACUUGCUUUAGGUGUGCUCAUGCAGGUUGCCCUCUCACACAUUCUUCCUAUGCUGCACUGGAUGGUGUUCUUUACUGCAGGCACCAUUUUGCACAGCUUUUCAUGGAGAAGGGAAACUACAAUCAUGUACUCCAGGCUGCAGCAAACAAGAAGAAUGCUACUCCACCUCCUGAACCAGCUGAUGAUGAAGAACCAUCAAAGCCAGAGCUUGAGCCUGAGCCACAGACAGAAUCUGAGGAACAGAAGACAGAAGAAAAUUCUAAAAAUGAAACAUAG